AUGACUUCUGGCGACCAGCUGCCUGUUGAUGCACUUAUAGCUGGUUUUCAGGGAGAACCAAUUUAUAUAGCUCGUGCAAAUCAUAGAGGAUCAUUGUGUCCAGGAAAAUAUGUUCCAUCUAAACAGCUCGCUUUUCUUCCAUGGGGACACCAAGAACAUAGUAAAAGUGAAUUUGAGGUUCUCUGUGGCUAUAAUGCUAUGUGGAUAAAGUGUAGGAGUCCAUAUCUACCAAGUAAUGUCUAUGUAGCUGGGAAGUCGGAGGUAGGCAGGGAAUCCCUUUAUAUUGGCCGUGCUAUGAUAAAUGAUGAAUUAGUUGUUGGUAAAGUCCACAUGUUGUAUCAGACAUGCUAUCUUCCAAAUCAAGGAAAUGAAGUUGAAAGAGGAGUUUUUGAAGUACUGGCUGUGGGUAACAGUGACACAAGUGAAUAUAACUGGAAGAAACAAUGUUUUAUGGUGGACUGCAAGCCACUCUGUCCUUAG